CCCUGACUCUCCUCUGAGCAAAAACUCUCGCUGUCUCACUUCCCAAACACGCCAGUCUCUCUCUCAUGGCAUUUCUGCUGUAGCUAUCGCUAAAACUAUACUCAAAUUAACUAGCUUGAGUACGGACUACUCAUUGCAUCGACUCGACUUCCUAUAGUAGGGUUUCUGUUAAAGAGUUCAGCUUAACAGAGAUGCAUGUGGUUCCUCCUACGCAGCGGACCGAUCCGUUAUCCGGAUCCACAAACGGGUCCGAUGCCCUUAGAAUUUACCAGACCUGGAAAGGAAGCAAUUUCUUACUACAGAUGCCUUUAUUUGGAAUUUGUGGCGCUAGUGCAUAAGCAAAUUGUUAAUUCAAGUUGCUUAAAGAAAUUUUUUCUUCAGGGAAGAUUUAUAUUUGGGCCAGAUGUGAGGUCAUUGGCACUCACUAUUUUCUUGAUUGUGGCUCCUGUCACUUUGUUUUGUGUAUUUGUUGCUAGAAAGCUGGUCGAUGAUUUUUCGCAUCACUGGGGAAUAUCAAUAAUGGUUUUUGCUAUUGUUUUCACAUUUUAUGAUUUAAUUCUUCUCGUGCUAACUUCUGGAAGAGAUCCGGGUAUAAUUCCUCGUAAUGCACACCCCCCCGAACCUGAAGGCUAUGAAGGGAAUCCAGAAGGAACCCCCCAGUUACGCUUGCCUCGCAUUAAGGAAGUUGAUGUUAAUGGGAUUACUGUGAAGAUUAAGUAUUGUGACACCUGCAUGCUUUACAGACCUCCCCGCUGCUCUCACUGUUCAAUAUGCAAUAACUGUGUUGAGCGAUUUGACCAUCACUGCCCUUGGGUUGGUCAGUGCAUUGGACUGAGGAAUUACCGGUUCUUCUUCAUGUUUGUCUUCUCGACGACUCUACUUUGUAUAUAUGUUUUUGGUUUCUGCUGGGUUUACGUAAAAAGGAUCAUGGAUUAUGAGGAGACAUCCAUAUGGAAAGCAUUGAUCAAGACCCCUGCUUCCAUUGUUCUAGUCGCCUACACCUUUAUAUCAGUUUGGUUUGUUGGUGGUCUUACUGCAUUCCAUCUGUUUCUCAUCGGCACAAAUCAGACAACUUAUGAGAAUUUUAGAUAUAAAUAUGAUCGGCGUGCGAAUCCCUAUAACAGAGGAGUUAUUCAGAACUUCAAGGAGAUACUUUGCACUCCUACUCCUCCAUCUAAGAACAAUUUUAGGGCAAAGGUCCCUGCAGAACCUGCUUUACCAGCCCGAACUGUGAGCGGGGGUUUCGUUAGUCCUAAUAUGGGGAAAGCUGCAGACGAGAUUGAGAUGGGAAGGAAGGCAGUUUGGGGAGAUGUUGGUCCAGUGUUAGAUCAUCAUGGAGGGCGAUUGUCUGAAAAUGAUGGCUUAAACAACAAAGAUGGUGGAUUCGGUGAAAUGUCCCCAGAGAUAAGGACUACUGUGGAUGAGGGUGAUCGUGCUGGAAUACAUCCUAGGCGAUCCAGUUGGGGAAGGAAAAGUGGAAGUUGGGAAAUGUCGCCUGAGAUUCUGGCAUUGGCAUCUAGAAUGGGAGAACCAAACCGAACAGGUGGUGGGAGCAGCAGCAUCUCUCGACCAUCAGAACCGAAGUUGUAACAGAUGGUCAAGUUUUAGAUUAUGAGGAAUCCAUUUGUUGGUGUUGGCAUGAUGUCAAAAUCUGUUUUUUGAUGAUUAAACUUAUAGGGUCUUGUGCAAUAUAUAGGAUUUGCUUUGAUGUGGUUUGAAGUGUUGCAUCGGCCAUAUCUUCAAGAAGAAACAUUUGCUAUGUGAGGGUUGUUAUUUCUUAUUCUGCAUUAUAUUUGUUGAAUUAGUUAGUGUUCAAAUAGUUGAUCCAAUGGAUUGAUUACUGCUCUC